GGGAGCUCUUGGGGGUUGGCUAUUCAACCUUUUUUGGAACUAUGCAUUUCAUAUCUAUUUUCUUUAUAAACCUACAACUUUCUGGGGAGGUUUCACUUUCCAUUCUAUAACCGAACCCUAGAAAUCCUGCUUAAAAAGUCCUUGGGAAAUCAGGGCUGUUGGUCCAGGCUAGGUCUUCAACAAAGUGUCCCUUUUUCUAGCGAUAUUUCUUUGUUUUUUUGGGAUCGGGCUUUAAUCAUGAAUGAAUCGAUGUCCGCUGGUGCUCGUGUGGGAGAAGAGGACGUGGAGUACGAGAGUGAUCCGGAGGAGGCGAAGCUGUCGCUGAAGAUGCGAAGGAGAGAGGCCAGCGAUGAUGAAGAGGAGAGCUGUGAAGAAAGCGAGAAACAGAUUCCUCCGCGGAGGAUUGAUUCCGACGGGGAGUCUGACAGACAAGGCGGUUUUGCUGACUUUGAAGAAGAAGAGGAAGAUGGAGAAGAAGGUGAGGAUGGGUUGGAGUACUUUGAAGAGUACGGGGUGGAGUAUGUGGAGGAGGGAAAAGAGUACGUGGAUGGAGGUUUGCCAGCAAGUGUAGAAGUUGAUGAUGAGGCUCAGACAGAGCCUGUGGUAGCACUGGGUGGCCCUGAAGUGAUCGGGGAAGGACUGGCUGUAGAGGCUAUACAUAAGGGAUUGGAUGGUGAGGAUGGUGGUCACCUGCAGGCAAAAUUGGUGGAGAAGAAGGAGCAUGAACCAUAUGCUGUGCCAACUGCUGGAGCAUUUUAUAUGCACGAUGAUAGGUUUGGGGACAAUGCACGUGGGAGGCAAAGGUGGGCGUUUGGUGUAAGAAAGUUAUGGGAGUGUAAAGAUGAUUUAAAAUGGGGGCAUGACAAGUUCGAGGAGCUGACCAUGGAGGAUAGACGUCAUGAUGGGGGAAGGAGGAAUUCCAGAGGUCAUUACAGAGGUCGUGGUAAACAAAGAGGGGCAGAUCCGGCAUAUCCACGUGGAAGGAGGCCUAGAGCAUAUGGUAAUGAAAACAAUUAUAAUAGUGAGAGCAGAGUAUAUGCUAAUAACCAGAAAUUUCAGAAUACUGCACCAAGAGGAAUAAGGGGGCAGUGGCCUAGAAGAUAUCGCCCAACCUUUAAAGCCAACGAAGAUGCACCACCCCAAAGCAAACACCCUGGCAUGUCUGCUGAGACACCUUCUCAGGUCCGCUCCCGGAAUGAACUUUUACUUGAUGCAUCAAAUGUAGAAGUGGUGGAUCCAGAACCAACUUCCAAACAAGGGUUUGUAUCAAGCCUGAGUUAUGCUUCUCCUCCAUUUUAUCCCUCAAAUGCCAAAGAUAUGAACACAACACAUGCAAGAGACUUGCAAUCCGGAUCAAACAGUCGGAAUGAUACUCAAUCUUUUCGUGUGAGAUCUUCUCCAUUUCAAUCUAGCUCAAUAUUGAGAGGGAAGAAUGUGACUGAAGCUAUUGCUGUCAACAAGAUUAGUAUUGAUGGUGCAGUUCCUUUAGUUGCUGGAAAGCCUUCAACAACAAUGCAGUUGGUUGAAUGCUCCUCAUUUCCCAAGUCCAUUCCACCAAGGGUGCAAGGGAGAGCAAUAACUACAUACUCCCUGAUGAAUUUUCAACCAACUGUCCAAAAUAGCCAAGUGGACAGGGGCUCACUUUCAAAUGAUCUCGAAUCUAUGCAGAAAAAGUAUGUUCAUAGCAGGGGACAACCUUUUGUGCAAGCUACAGGGAAGCAAUACAACCAUCAUCAUGGUGCUGGAUCUCAAGCUUCAUCCCCACCUAAAAAUGACCAACCUGUAAACGUUGUCGAAACCACAGAGAUUGAUAUACCUUCAGAUUCCAGCAAGAUAAAUAAUGCUGUAACAAAAGGAAAAGGAAGUAUGAACCCCAGUGGAAAAGGGUCGAUUGUCUAUGCUGGAACUCAGGUUAUGGGUGGACCUGGAAACACUGGAAGCACGCAUGGUGAUCAAAGUUUCUCUGCAACUCCAGCCUUUUUACCUGUCAUGCAAUUAGGUGGACAGCACCCGAGUGGUAUGGGAGUUCCUGCUGUUGGCAUGGCAUUUCCAGGCUAUAUGGCCCAGCCACAACUUGGAUUAGGGAGUUCGGAGAUGACCUGGCUACCUGUUUUAGCUGGUGCAGCUGGAGCAUUAGGGGCUCAAUAUUGCUCCCCUUACAUUGCUGUUGAUGGUGCCUAUCAUGGUCGCCCACCUGGGCAGAUUUCUUCCCUCACUGCUUCUUUAAGCAUGGAGAACAAUAACACCAAAAACACCAAUGAAGGUAUGCCCUCACAAAAGCCUGAAUUAGGAAGUGAUGACAUUGGGCAACGGCAGAAAAAUCCUCGCAGAUAUACAGAGAUGAAAUUUGACCAAUGAAGUAGCUGUGUACGUUGAUUGUUCAGCUUGUCUGAAUAUGCCGGUUUACAUGACAAAAUACCUCAUACUGCUACUCACUUGAAGAGAUUGACUGCAGCUUGAUGGAUGGCAGUUCUCUACUGAAUAUGUUGUACAUAAAUGUACCAUUUUCCCAGGUUUUUUGGCUUGCUAUUCUUUGAAUGAAGCUCUGAGAAUUGUUAUUUCUUUACUUCUCCGAGAAGAUGAUGGUAUGAAGUGGCGAAGAACAAGGUGUACUGUGUUUGCUGAAGUUUCUGAUGUUAAUGCUGAUUUCAUGUUUCUUCUGCUUUUUCCCAGUAUAUGGUUCUGCUCACAAAUUGCGUUGAAAUGGUUCAAGUCAAUGUUUACCUUAUGAGAAUUGCCUUUGUUUUGUACUUGAAGGAAAUAUUUCUUUAGUCUGCUUUGUAAUGUGAUAUUUUGGGCAUAAUAAAAUGACAAUGCUCCUACUAUAUACGUAGUAUAUACUGCUGGUUAAGUACUGUCAUUAGCUGUUUUCAAUAAUAAAAGAGCCAGUUACAGCCCAGUUUGAAUCAUACUUCUAUUGCUAUUUGAAACGUCACAUAUUCGUGACAGUUGUAUUUAGAUGUAGACUCCUGUACCUGUCCGGAAUGCUCAAUUGACCCUUUGAAUUCAAGAAAGCUUCAAUUGAUAAAAACAUUCAAAUUUCAAUA